CUGACAAACAAGGCACCCGGUAUAUAACAAUGCUGUCGAAUCACGGAAUCAUUUUAACCUUAAAUCUACUACAAAGAUGAAGAUCUUCAGGGAAAUAUUUUUUGUUUGUAUGCUGUUGGGGUUUGUAGUAAGCGAGGAAGAAUCCACAUAUGAAACAUGCGGAGACGAUAACAGCGAGGACGUGAUUUCAGUUAUCAAUGCCACGGUAGAUAGAUUAAUGGAAUUGCGCCACCCUAAUUGGGGCUGGACAAAUACACCAGAAGUGGUUUUAGGUUUACAGUUAUCUGCUCAAGAAAAUUUCUUUGGUAGAUGCAAAGCACUGGAACAGAUGGAGAUCGAAAUUAAUGACGACAUAAAUAGCAUGAAUAUUGGAAAGUUGGCUCUAUAUGCGAUGGCAGUGAAAUCUUCAUGCAAAAAUCCAAGAUCCUUUGCUGGAAAAAAUUUAGUGAAGGUUCUGAAUCAAAGAGUUAAAAAACAAUUCUCUUAUGAUGGCAAACCGCAAACAAUUCCUUACGACAGAUACUAUCGGUUUGGGUUAGCAGUGGGAGCAUUGUGUGUCAAUAAACGAAAGACAAAGAACUGGGUUGUUAGAAAAUUAUUGAAAGGACAAAAUACUGAUGGAAGCUUCGGCGAUGUUCAUUCUGUCGAUGAUGCAGCACAAAUUCUUCUUGCUCUUUCCUGUGUCAAAACCGAAGUUCGACCUUGUUAUUUGACACGAAAAAUCAAAAGAUCCAUUGCAAAAUUAGUAUAUUUCUUGAGGUCAAAAGUGAUCACUGAAAGUGGCGAUGUAUGGAUAGGAAAUAAGUACUCCUCUCCAUCGUCGGUAUUGGGGCUUAUGGAAGAAGAUGAGGAGGAACCAAGUACAUGGAGAUGUGGAGAUAUUAUGGGUAGUCUGACCGUCAAUCCUGGAUCUCUCGAAAAUGAAGGAGCAUUUUCUCAACGACUACCAGCUUUAGCAGGAGAUAGUUAUUUGAAUUUAAUGGACGAAUGGCAAUGUCAAGAUCCAGUUUCUAUACCACCAGACUAUCAACCGAAAUGCAACACAAGUGAUCCGUCAACGUGCUCUCCCGCCACACCCACCAACGAGCCGAUACCUUCUAUUCCUAUCGAUGUACGUCUUACAAUCUUCACCGAUCCUCCACCAACCGUUGGAAAUGUUUCUAAUGCCGACGUCACAGUGACUGUGAAUAAUGGAAGUACAUUAUACGAUGCAAUGGUCAUAGCUAGAGAUAACGGACUUAUAACAUUUGUGAGUCAAACAUCGACUUGGGGAGAAUCUAUUAAAUCAAUGCAAGGAGUGGCAGCAGACGGAGCGGCGCAUGAAUAUUGGGCACUCAUAGAUGGCGCCACGGGACAGUUGUUAUCGAAAGGAGUAAGCAGUUAUGUUCCCAGUGAUGGAGAACAGAUAGUUUUCAGAUUGAAAACAUGGUAGUGAUAAUUAUAUAAUGAUGAGAACCAAGACUUACACAUUGCAAAGUUAUACUGAAUAAAAAAUGACAUGAUUAUUAUUAUUUUUUUUUCAACUUUAUUUCAAUACUUGUUGGCAAUUUUAAAAAUCCUGAAAUUAUGUCAAUAAAAAUAAUAUUCCUACUUGUUA